CGCAGCAUGUCGCCCAUCUAUAUUACAACAAACCCAAUUCCAUUACUUAAACCUUAAAAAGGCAGAAGCAACUAAUCCGCAACAUCUUGCUUUUAGUUUCUUGCGUAACAAAGAUUUAGCUUGGAGGAUUAAUGGCGGACGUUCGCACACAUGCUCACCAGGUUCAAGUGCACCCUCUACGCCAGCACGAAGGAGGCAUCAAAGUGGUUUAUCCCCAGAGCGGGCCUUCUUCCACUCAGGUUCUAGCAGUGAUCGCCGGUGUACCGGUUGGAGGGACGCUGCUAACUCUGGCCGGUUUAACUUUAGCCGGUUCGGUUAUAGGACUAAUGCUGGCAUUCCCGCUGUUCCUCAUCUUCAGUCCGGUUAUCGUACCAGCGGCCUUUGUGAUCGGUUUAGCUAUGACAGGAUUCAUGGCGUCAGGGGCAAUAGGGCUCACGGGACUAUCGUCGAUGUCGUGGGUACUGAACCACAUCCGAAGAGUAAGGGAACGUAUGCCGGAUGAGCUGGAGGAAGCAAAGCAGCGUUUGGCUGACAUGGCCGAGUAUGUGGGGCAGAGGACAAAAGAUGCUGGACAGACCAUAGAAGAAAAAGCUCACGAUGUACGAGAGAGCAAGACUUAUGAUGUCCGAGACAGAGACACAAAGGGUCAUACUGCCUCAGGAGGAGACAGGGACACCAAGACAAGUCGCGAGGUCCGAGUGGCGACAACAUGAAGAAGCGUGUGUUUUGUGGUGAAUAAAAGAGAGUCGCCUGUUGUGGUUCUGGUUUCUUGGUAGAUAGGUGUUGUGUGUUUUAAGCUUAAAAUGGUGUUCUGCUCUGUAAGCGUUCUUUGAGUGUUGAGUCUAUUUUCUUUUUCUUUUUGUAAUAAUAAUAAGUGAAAAUGCAUCUUGUUUAGCCAUGUAACUGAAAAAACAGAUAAUGAAAAAUACAUAUAUUAGCUGGUA